ACACCCCCCCCCCAAAAGACAAUAUAACACGGUUCUGGAGUUCUGACGGCCAUGUGUGCAUGCAUGCACUGCAGUCACGUGAUCGCAUUUCAGCACAAGGCAAUUGGCUCACAUUUACAGUCUUUUGCAGCAUCUUGAGUUUUGGCAUUUUUGCCAGUUUUUGGCAAAACAUGCCCGUUGGUUAAAAUAGAUUGGUUUACUGACCACCACAAAAAAAGGUAGUAAAACCCUGCUUAACAUCUGCAUGGCCUACAGUUGUAAUUCUGGACUCAGUUAUGAUCAUAAAUCGAGGACUACCAUAGUUAAUUCAUAAACUGUAUUCUUCACUCUGUAGCAUUGUAUUUAGUUUGUGCAUUUCAGAUACCUCUGUACAUUGCUUUAAAUCAGUCAGAACGGUGAAAGCAAAACGAAAACACAGAUUUAUUGCAAUCUAAACAAUUACUAUUUCAAAGCAAAACCAUUUAUAAUUUCCUAUCUCUUCUCAUGCGGUUAGGUGGCAUUACUUUGGAACAGAGCUGGCAAAGUCCAGGCAACAUUUACAAUAUCCCAAUAUGUCUGUGGCUAUUGGAUACAUAUCCAUUCAAUCCCCCAAUCUGUUUCGUUAAGCCAACUAGUUCGAUGACGAUUAAAACUGGGAAACAUGUCGAUGCAAAUGGCAGGAUAUAUCUUCCUUAUCUACAUGAAUGGAAACAUCCACAAUCAGAUUUAAUAGGACUGAUUCAAGUUAUGAUUGUGGUGUUUGGAGACGAACCUCCUGUCUUUUCUCGACCAACCAUUUCAGCUUCCUAUCCGCCUUACCAAGCAACAGGGCCACCAAACACUUCCUAUAUGCCAGGAAUGCCAAGUGGAAUCUCUCCUUUUCCUCCUGGACCACCUCCUAACCCAAGUGGUUAUUCAGGCUACCCUUAUCCUGCACCUAGUGGGCCAUUUCCAGCAACAACUAGCACACCACAUUAUCCUUCUCAGCCUCCUGUAACUACUGUGGCAGAUGGCAGAAGAAAGCAGAAACAGGUAUGGAUUUGUGGUCAUUCCUAUGUUUUCUGGGCAGAAAAACGGGCACUUGACAGAAGCUUUGUUCCACAAUUGGGAAUUCGACUGGAGGAUGCCAAAUUACAUUGGCUAGGAAAGAGUGGAAUGAUGUGGGAUCAAUUAGUACCCACCCUAUUGCAUACACGACGGAGGCUAACAGAUCCUGAUAUACUGGUGAUCCAUCUAGGAGGCAAUGACUUGGGGAUAACCAGUAAUGCGGAUGUCAUAAACCGAAUGAAGAAAGAUUUUGGACAUCUUAAGCAAAUAUUCAAGAAUAGCAUUCUAGUCUGGUCUAAUAUCAUACCCAGGAAAGUAUGGAAUCAAGAGAUACCCCAUAGAGUGAUGGAGAAAAGCAGGAGAAGAAUCAAUCAGGAAAUUGGCUAUUUUGUGCAGUAUAUUGGAGGAACUGUGAUCCAGCAUGAUUUACUUGUACCAGAAUCUCCUGGAUUGUUCCAUCUAGAUGGUGUACUCUUAUCUGAGAGUGGUACAGAUAUCUUCAACCUGGAUUUACAAAGUGCUUUAGAAACAUUGUUUUGAUUUUUAACUGGAAGAAAAAUGAUACCCUUUAUGCAUUAACAGCUGUGGACUCUUUCUACAAAUAGAAAGUUCUGAACAGCAUGGUAACGUGAAUUGAUAAAUAACAGAUUUAGCCUAAGAUUUAGCUUGGUACUGAUUACUAAUGCAGUUGUCUGUGACAUUGUCCUAUAAACUGCAAAUAAUUUUUUGUUAAUGUGUUUAACUAUUUUUUGCGAAUUCAGUUUAUUGGUUUUUCAUUUAUUUAAAUUCACUUCUCAUAUAUGUUGAAUGAGACUGCCAAAUAAAUUUAUUUUCAGUUGAUCCCAACUCCACAAAGCUCUCACUGCAAGAUUAUAACAAUCUACAGUAUAAGUAACAGUUUAUAAAGCUAUUUCGUGUGAGUCAGAUGGGAUUAAUUAUCAAGUGUUAUCACUAUUGGGGUAGAAGUUAGUGCUGUCAUCUAUUGGCAGAUGAAUGACUUCAUAAUCCCCACCAUAUCUACAUGUCUUAAGUUCUCCUGCAGAAGUUUGACAAGCCCUUUUGUGUAUGCUUGAGGAUCAUGCACAAGGAAAGGAAAGAAAGGGAAAUCCCAUUACGUCAGCUAAUGUAUAUGGAUAUAGCCCACUGUUAACCAAUUCAGCAUUGCACGUUAGAACAUUUGUUCUUUUCAAACAGUGGGGGAUUAUUUAAAUAUAACGGGAAGAUCAAAUGAAGAUCUAGUUUCUGACACAUUGGUUUUUGAAAAUACUUUAUUUAGUUAAAAAUUUAAGCAAUUCUGUUUCACAAUUGGGAAUAGUGGCUGGUUUAAAUGUAGUAUUCCCAAUUUAAUACACAUAAUUUAUUAAGCUAGGAAUACUAUUUUAGUCCCACACAUUCUUCUCCACUUUUAUGCCUUUUGUACCAGCUUUGAUCCAAAUCACAAUAUCUGUUACUACUGAACUGUGGUAUAAAAUUGUUUCAUUUACUGAGCUCUUAAUUAAUAAUAUGCCUUGAACCAUAUCUAUUUUUGGCAUAAUGGAAAAUUGGUUUUAAAAUGAGGACUAAAGAAUUGCUUCUCCUUUGGAAUUGGGGAGCAAUUGUUCUAGAUAUGAGAGCUCUUAGACAUGUAAGAAGGGUUUAAAUGAUUCAUUUUCCUACUGCAUGCAAAAUAGUAUCAUAUACUUCUUAGAGCAGUUAUCAUAUAUUUCUUAGAGCAUAAAUGGUAUCUUAAAUAACAGGGUUUACAAAAAUAUUGUUGCUAUGGUUUUGUUAACUCUGAGUGAAUACAUCUUUUGUGAUAAUUAAAAUGAAAUUAUAAUUUUUUUCUGCCAAUAUUCCCACUAAGAUAGCAAAGCACUUGUGAGUUUUUUUGUUUGUUGUGCUUGAAGAAAAUCUUUAUUUGAGUCGAAAUGCAUAAAGGUAGAUGUUCUGCUUAUCCCAGAGGUAUUGUUGAACUGUUUGGCAGUAGCUCUAUAAGAGAAUUAUGCCACUUUGUGCUUUGGCAUCAUUGAUCUGAAACAGAAUUUGCUUUGAAGGAAGGGAAGUACAAUUUUAGAAGUAAGGAAGGAAACUUUAAAAUAUGGAGAUGUGUAUUUCCCUCCCUCCCAAAAAACUGACCUACUGUGCAAUAACAAUUUAGUUAUUAAGGAGGAAACAAUUUUGCGAAACAAAUUAAAACAAGACUUAUUUUGUCUUUCUAUAUUGAAUUCAAUUUACACUGCAUUUAUGUGAUAUUGUGACUAAGGUUCUUAACAAGCAAGAGGGAAUUCGAUAUUAAUCAUUUAUGUCAAUUUCUGAAAUGAAUUCCUUACUCAAAAGACUUCCAAGUCUGCUGAGCCUCUAGGAGAGGAACUUUGAAAGCUUCAAUCAGUAAUGAACUGUAUGACUGCCAGUAAGACAACAGGAAUAGAAUGUAGAAGACCGAGCUAUGGAGAUUGCAUCUUUUAAAUAUUAACUUCAUAGAGUAAAACACUUGAGCAGAUUUAUUUUAUGUAAUUUAUCUUAAAUAUCUCUGAAGUUUCCAGCCAGAUGAGAAUUACACUACCUGUGAGACCAAAUAGGACUGUGUUCAAAUGUGAAUGGCAUGCUUACUUUUUCCCUGUGAGAGUUUAGAAGCACAACUGUUGAAAACAGCAGUUUUCAGACUACCUUUUGUAUAUUUGCUUGUAAAAGAGCAUUUAAGCUCCAGUAUUUUGUCAGGAUUUAUCUUUCAUAAACUAUUGACAUUGGACACCUGUUUGAAUUAUCUGAUUUCUAUAAUUUGGAGGGUUCUGUUUUAAAAAUAAUAAAACAUUAGCCUUUAUUUUUUUGUACUGUGUGAUAUUAGUGGGCAUCUAGUAAUAGCCUGCAACUUAUUUUUCUCCAAAUCCUGUUUUGAGGCCAUUAAACGUCAUGUGCUGACAUGGCACUUAGUCUAAUAUCAGUUAUAUUGGAAACGGUUGCAUUUUUCAAUUAUGUUGGAUACUAUGAAAAUAAAGCAACCAUAUGCUAUUUAAAAGCUGAAAGUAAAUGUUGGCGCCAGUAUUCACUGGCCAUUGUUUAUGGCUAAACAUAAUGGCUUUGAUUCAAGCUUGUUUUUACCAGGACUUGAAAAUGCCUUCCAUUUGCAUAUGGUAAUCUCCUGAUUUUUCCUCUCAGAGUAUUCAUCACUGCUCUCCACUCUUGGGAUACAUGUUUUCCAAAGUGAUUUUGGGUAGGAGGGGCACUGGGCUCUGCAAAGAAGAAGAGAUGGGGGUUGAUCUGUUUUACGAAUACAGUUACUCUUCUUUGGAGAAUAAUUUGUUAAAAUUAUUAGAAGUUGGUGUUUCACAGUCACAACUACCGAAUAUAUAUUUACAUUUGGUUAAUCUGUAUAAAAUCAUUGAAACAGCUGCAGUGAAAGUGAAUGUACAUGUCCCAGGAUAAUAUUGCAGGAUCCAAUCUGGGUUGAUCACCAGGACCAAAGAUUUGGUCCUCUGAGCUUUCAGACCCGUGCUGGAGCCCAUCUUCAGAGAACUCCUCUCUAGCUCAGAAGACUAAACCUCUGGUCCCAGUGACCGACCCAGAUUGGAUCCUGCGAACAACUACAGGGUUCAUUCUCUCUUUGUGAAUAAGCAAUACUGCCAUCAAGUAAAAGACCUAUUAUUGCAUUUAAAUAUUAGUGAAUAGUUUCUCUGUUCACCACCAAUAUGAUAUUCUAAAUACCGUAUCUCAGAUUUCAAUAAUAUACAUAUGUUUGGCAGAUAAUUACUUACCGCAGUAUGCCUAGUAAUGUGUUUCAUAGGAUUUCCUUGGUGAGCAGACUUCCAUACAAACGCCACCAUUUUAGUUCACUGUAGCACUACUGAGAAACUGGCUUGUACUAGUAUUAUUUUUUUUAAAGAUUUCUGUGUCCUUUACAUUAAAGAAAAUAUGAUUGUUAUAUAUUGUCCAGGUUCCUAACCUCACAGGACAACUACUUUUAUAUUCUACACUGAUAAUGACUCCUUGCAUUUGGAUGGCUCUUGUACUUCAUAAUUUGAAGGAGCUAAAUUGGUGAUGGGAUGAAAGGAAGAGAUGCUGUAUUAGUGGUAUAGCACAUGUUGUACAUGCGUAAUGUCUUGGAUUCCGUUUCUGGCAUUUCUAGUUCAAUGUAGCAGGUAGUAGAUUCGGACUACAGUCUGAUAGUUCAAAGAGCCUCUUCCAGGCAAUCUGGCCAAUGCUGGGAUAGAUGGAGAAGUGGUUGGGCUUGUCUCUGUUUCUCUGUUCCUAAAGAGAUCACGUGUAGAGCUUUUGGUUCAGCCCAGGUGAAAACUUUAAAAAUAAAAACCACUGUUUCAAGCUUGAAAUAGGUCAUUUUGAACUUGGAACAGUUUGGAUUUGAAAUGUUUUGUGUUAUUGAUGAAGUAAGUUCUUUUAAGUUUUUAUUUGAAAGAGGGUGAAGAAUAAACUUGGUGGCAUUCUGGCAUAGAUGAUGGUAUUUAGCUGAAAUAAAUAUUCAUAUUCCACAAAUAGUUUAUUUUUAAAAUGUAAGAUGAUUUUGCAUUUGCUAAGAAAUUUUGGCAGAUGUGUCAGGCAAGAUUGUUGUUUAGCUCAGGAUCACCUUCUUAUUAGCUAAAUCCAGUAAAUAUUUUAUAUCUCCCAAAUAGUUUUCUCUCUAAGAGAUGAGUUUUAUAAAUACUUGAGCUCUUCUGGGCAGGUUAGGAGAAGGUGAAGCAGAAGUCAAGAUACUGUUUUCCCCCCCAGAAAAUAAUUCCCAUUAAAAGAAAUAUAAUUUUCCUAUAUAUAUAUUUUUUUACCAAACAAGCAAAUAAAAACUUUACUCACCAUAAUGCUUUAGGUGUUUCCACAGAUCAGUUUUUACUAGACUGAAAAUGCUGUAUAUCACAGUGGCUGUUAAUUUGGAUUUAUAGAUGUUCUCCCUUUCUUAAGGUCCUAAUUUGGAUUUAUAGAUGUUCUCCCUUUCUUAAGGACCAAGGACAUUUCAGGCCAGAGCAAAUUAAUGAAGGAAUCAAUAGUGAUGGUUUGUUGUCAGUCUUCUUUCUUUUAGAUUAGAAAAGUGACUUUAUUGUACCAAGAGAGUCUUAAGACUAUUUCAUUCUGAACUUGAAUUGAGGAAAGACUUAGCACGUACAUUCUUUGGAAGUCAGCAAGUCACCUGUUCAGCAAUUCCUGUCUAGAUUUAUAACUUUAAAUGUAUUUCACUCUCUUAGAUAGAAUUUCUGCUGUGGAUAGCAAUUUAAUCUAUUUAGAUUAAAUUAAGAAAAUAAUCGACUGGUGUUAAUAUUUUAAGAGAAAAAAAUCUGUCUUAUGAGUGAUACAUAUUCAUAUUCUAUUAAAUGCCAGUUUAUUCAGCAGCCAAGUUCAGUGUUGGAGGCUGUUUUUCUUUUGGGCUUAAUUUGUAGUCUAUAUACUGUAAGGUCACAGUACCUUAAGGUCACUUCUGAAACCAGAUUCCAUAUGGUAAAGGUUAAAUGUUUCAAGUAUUCCUUGUAAUAAAUGUCUGUGUGCCACAGUAUCUUCUUAGUGUGUGGCUAAUUAUGGAAGAAGGAAGGAGAAAAUGUUAAGACUCAUAUUCUUUUAUAUAUAAAUAUUUUUAUUAAGUUUUAUAAAGGUAAUAGAGGAAUGGGGUCAAAAAGGAUAAGACAAAGAGAUUAAUCCCACAAAAUAACAUCGCUUCAGCAAGUCUACCAGUCCGGGUUUACAUAUUAAAUCUUAAUAAUUACUCUAUUAUUAAACAACUCUCAAUAUAAUCAUGUAAAUAACAAAUUAGUCAGU